AUGGCUCAGAAUGAUACAGUGAAGCUGAUAGGUUCUUGGUCGAGCCCUUUUGCCCUUAGGGCUCGAGUGGCUCUACACUUGAAAUCAGUCAAGUACGAGUAUUUGGACGAACCUGAUGUUCUCAAGUCUAAGAGCGAACUCCUUCUCAAGUCUAACCCUAUUCACAAGAAAGUCCCUGUCCUCAUCCAUGGCGAUGUUUCGAUCUGUGAGUCACUCAACAUCGUUCAGUACGUCGACGAAGCUUGGACCUCCGAUCCUUCAAUCCUUCCUUCUCAUCCUUACGAUCGAGCCAAUGCUCGGUUCUGGGCUCUGUAUGUCGACGACAAGAUCUUUGCAUCGCUGGAUGCGGUGGCCGGAGCAAAAGACGACGAAGGGAGAAUGGCGGCGGCGGGAAAGCUAAUGGAGUGUUUAGCGAUACUCGAAGAGGCGUUUCAGAAAAGCAGCAAAGGGUUAGGGUUCUUCGGAGGAGAAAACAUGGGUUUCCUCGACAUUGCAUGUGGGACGAUUUUGGGUCCAGUCUCUGUGAUCGAAGCGUUUUCCGGCGUCAAGUUUCUCCGGCAAGAGACAACACCUGGGCUUAUCCAAUGGGCCGAGAAGUUUNGGGCCCAUGAAGCUGUGAAGCCUUACAUGCCUACCGUCGAAGAGUUCGUUGCGUUCGCAAAGCAGAAGUUUAAUGUUGAGUAG